UGGUCUUUCUGAAACAGACCGGCGAAGUACGCUUGGCGGAUGUUCAAGCGGAUGUUAUGAGUUCCUGCAACAGGAUUUCCAAAAACGUCCACCAUCAGAUUUACAGAUGUUGACUGUUUGCCCACUGUGUCCACGUGUGACGUAUCACUGAUGUUUCCAAGGAAGAUGGCAGUUCGAACAAUUUCAGAACUUCUGUAUCAAGGGAUAUUACGGGUUUGGAACUAUUUGAGCAGUUCAGUGUUGAUUAUCAUUGUUGUUUUUCAUAUUUAUCUCACAUUUAUCACCACCGAACCGGAACCGAACCAUUGGUAGGUUUGGAACUAUUUGAAUAUCAUGCAGUUAAUUAGCCAUUAGUAUAAUUAUGUUCAUUAUCCUAAUUGUUAAUGGUAAUUAUAAAACAACAUUUCCAUUUCGUACAUCAUUUUUACAGUAAUUGCAACCAUUACGUAAAUGUUGUCCAACUAGUUUAACACAACCUUGAUACAGUUGCCUUGUAGUAUUGUUAGAUAGUGUCUCCACAGUUGUUGGAUUCGAUGGUAAUACACUAGAAAUAGCAUCUGAUUCUGUUGUGUGACUGAAUUGUCUGCGGGCGCUCUGACCAUAGAUGAAGGAAGAGAAAGGGAUUGGAAACGCACGUCAUUUGACGUCACGUUUUACUAUGUUUUGUACGUUGUGUGGGCGAAACCCUUUGAAGUCUAGGUGCGUUACGCCUAGGCUGCUAAGCUAAGAAACUUAUUUUCGUCUGUAAUCACAGCUAGAUAUUGACUGAGAUGUGCUUCAUAAAGAAAAUACCAAGUACAAAGUUGUGCUACUCUUGGAAAGUUGUCUGAACAUGAAAUGUAUGUGCUGUGGGGUCAGUUUUCUUUAAAUUGCAUAUUAAUCGGCUACUCAAAGCUAUCUUGCCUAGCUUCUUUCAUGAAAUAGACUCUAUGUACACUACUUUAAUGUAUGGUCUUUCCCCUUUCUUGUUUGCUUUAGACCUCAUCAACUUCCUCCAGGCUGAGGGCACCCUGGAGGAAGUUUUGAAGGGAGGAGACGAAGUCAUACUCAGAAGCGCAGUGACAAACAUGACAAUGGGGGAAUUGAGAAGUGCAGAGGAGAAGAACAAGUUUCGGGUGGUGUCGGUGUGGGGGCACAAAACGGUAACAGCCCAUGGAGCUGCUAGGAUUGUGAUGCCUGCAAAGGUAUACGAGAUCAUCAUGGAGCAUUCACCACAAGGGGAGGAUACAAACUUGGUAAUUACCACUGCCUCUGGGGGGAAGGUUACACACAUGGCAGAAGAACUGACAAAGCUGGGGGACUCCUUUGGAAAGAAGUUUGCUAUUACACCCACCCUGAAUAGGAAGGCAAUAGCAACACAAGUGGGCAGAGUGUGCAGUGAAGUGGAAGAAAGGCAAUUAAGUGGCCAAAUUCAUGACACACUCAGUGGAUGUUGCCAGGGGAAGCUACCAACACCUGGCAACAACGGAGCAGGCAGUAUCGGUCUAUACCUCACUCUGAAAAGGAACCACCAACAAAAAAGAGGAGGUUUUUCACCGAAUCGGAGAACAGACUAAUAAGUGAUUACUUUCAACCAAGCAAAGAUAUGAAACCACCAAACUCGGACAGAGCAGGCGCUUUCCUGAGAGAACACCAGAAAGGGGGCAACUUCUCCGGAAGAAGCUUGCAGCAAAUUCAAGACAAAGUAAAGACUCUCAUUAGGCAGAUGAGAAAGUGAUCAUUGAACUAAAGUUAGCUUUUAGUGUGUACAUAGUUUUGUUUAUUAUUUAGUUAUAUAGCUUGUAUUGUUUUGUUUUGUUUAGUGUGUACAUUGUUUUGUUGUUAUCAGAAUGAGAACUUUGUCAACAAUAA